AUGAUGAACCGAAAAACAGAAUAUACCCGUGAAUCUGAUUUGGAACACUACGAGCGUAAAUAUUUCAAAGACUUGAAAGAUGAUUACUACAAAUUGGAAGUCUCGGACUCAACAUUUCGGUGUCCGUUCUGUCUCAACAAGGAUUAUUAUUCUUUGACUGACCUUUCAAGACAUGCUUCAAGGAUUGCUUCUGACGUGCAUGGUGAGACUGUGAAAGAAAUUGGUAAACAUUCUGCCCUGGUAAGGUAUCUUAAGUCACUUAAUGUGAAUGUUGCUAAAGAUAAGUCACCCAUUCUGAAUGUUCCUGAAGAUAAGUUCGUCUGCCCUUGGACGGUAGUUCUCGCAAACAUUGUUACAAAAUUUGACCCGAACUCACGUAAGUAUGUAGGAAAGAGUGGUAAGGAAAUUCAGGAGGAACUUUUUGCGAAAGGGUUUAAGCGGUUGACCGUUACAACACUGUGGAAUUCUAGCGGGCAAACAAAGUUUGCGAUAGUUGAAUUUGGAAAAGAAUGGGAUGCUUUCGCCGAUGCUUGCUUGUUAGAGAGAAUGUUUGAAUCAGAACAUUGUGGCAAGAGAGAUUACUAUCGUUCAAGGGAGCGAGGAGAUAAACUCUUUGGGUGGAUGGCACGUGCCGAUGACUAUAAUUCCAGCAAUAUUGUUGGCAAAUACCUCCAGGAUAAAGUAGACUUGAAAACUGUUUUCGAAAAAAAAGCCGAGGAUGAUAGGAAAGCCUUGAAGCUUGCUGCAUCUAAAAGCAGAAGAACAAGGAAUUGGAAUUGGAAGAAACAGCAAACAAAAAUAAGCAACAUGAGGAACGCUGAACGCAAUUAUCUUGAAAAUCUGUCCAAGGAUCGUGAAAAAACCGUAAUGGAAGUGGAGGCCCGGAGGAACAAACUUAUGGCCAGUGAAAAGAAUCUGCGGAAGCGUAAAGCAGAUAAUGAUAACGAGAGAAAUAAUUUAUAUCUUGAGAAGAAAAAUAUUGAGAUGGCCAUAGCAGAACAACAAAAGGCUGAUAACGAAAUGAUGCGUUUGGCAGAAAAACAUAAAAAACAGAAAGAGAAACUUCACAAAAAAAUGCAUGACCUAGUGAAAGGACUUGAUGCUAAACAUGCGUUGCAAUUGGAAACUGAACGGCUGAGAGGAGCUUUCAAUGUAAUGAAUCACCUUAAAGAGACCGAUCAAGAAGAGAAGAAAAAACUGGAGGCGAUCAAAGUAGAGCUGCGUGAAAAGGAAAAGCAAUUGGAAGAUCUUCUGCGGACAUUGGUUAUCGAGGAGCCUAAAACUAAUGAUGAGUUGCAAGAUGCGCGCAAAAAAUUAAUAAAUUGGAUUGGCUACCCAGGGGACACUUCUCAAGUCAUAAUUUCUGUGAAAAGGAUGGGGGAACUUGAUCUUAAGCCGUUUAUCGAGGCAUCCAAGAGAAAGUUUCCUGCUGAAGAGAAUUGGAAAGCAGCUCAGUGGUGCUCACAGUGCGAGGACUAUCUUAGAGAUCUAAGUUGGAAGCCGUUCAAAAUUGUAACCGAUGAAAAAGGGAAUUCCAAGGAAAUUUUAGAUGAAAAUGAUGAAAAGCUGAAAAGUUUGAGGGAUGAACUGGGAGAUGAGGUGCAUGAUGCAGUAGCUACAGCUCUGAAGGAAUUAAAUGAAUACAAUCCUAGUGGAAGAUAUCCAGUACCGGAACUCUGGAAUUUUAGGGAAGGAAGAAAGGCUUCGUUGAAAGAAGGUGUUGCCCAUUUAAUGAGCCAAUGGAAGUUGUCCAAAGCUGAUUAA